CAAGCACACAUCCAAACACAAAAAACUAAUCGUAAAUAGUAAAAAAAUAUACAAUGAAACUAAUAAUUGUAUGUUAAAUUUUGUCGUCCUUCUUCACUGAUAAUCCCACUUAUACUAGUAUUAAUGACUAUUUUUCUUAGAGAAUUGGCCAAACUUCUAAAGAGUUUCGUAAUCUGUAAAGUUGAUGAAAAUUCUGACAAGAUUAAGAUUCCAUCGGACUACACUCUCCUUCCAAACGAGCAGAACUUUGAAAUAUGUGUCGACACUGCAAGGAAUUUUUUGUUUAAAGGAGGAAUGAUCCAAAAAUUUGAACUAAUAAAUAAUUUGCCAGAAAAUUCAUCGGAAAAGUUCCAACUUGAGGCCUAUGAUGGCAUUCUUACGAUGGUAAACUUUGUUUUGUUCCCAUUACCAUUUCCUCUAAAAUGCUACGAGGAUUGUUGUUUAACAUCUACUAUUCUAGUUGAGAUAGUUGAUGAAAUGUCUGUUGACCUUGAGUUACUGAAUGAUGUUUUCAGUCCACUUCUGAAGUAUGAUAAGUUUGUCAGAGACUUACUCCAGAUUUCAAACGAGGUUUAUGGUUCUGGAGCUAGAAAUAUCAAAGAUGACCUCAGAACAUACAUAUGCAGAUCCGAUUACUUUAUACACAUUGAUAACCUUACAAAGAAUAAAACACAAGAAAAUGAAUUUUGUAAAACAUGUUAUUAUAAUCAUUGUCUGUGUCAUUUUUCAGAAACCAACAAUUACACAGAAAACAAACAAUUGGAAUUCAAGUUGGUUGAAUUUAACAACACAGCAUCUUCUGUAUCAUAUCUUUCAGGACUAAUGCACAGGGUCCAUGCGAAACUGCUAAAUACCUAUCUUAUUGAUUUACAUGAUUUGGAUGAUAAACAUGCUGAGAAGCUUUUGUUAGAGAAGGAAAAACUUCACGUAUAUAAUAACCCUGAUACUUGUUUCACGUACCCGAUAUAUGAAUCGCAUAGAAUGUAUCUUGAUAGAUACAAUCCCAUAUUUGGAAAAAACAGAGUUUGCGUGUUCCUUGUUGUUAGAAACAAUCUCAACAAUUACUAUGAUACCUAUUUUAUGGCGAAUGAUGUGUUUGAUAAAUAUGGUGUUCAUGUAAAAACUGUAACUCCUAGACAAAUGAUACAAUGGAUGAAGAAGAGAAUUUUUCUUCUGGUUAGGGAUUGGGAAUACAAUAGUGACGGAACAGUCAAAUUGUUAAAGUAUGCUGAUAGUACCGUUAAACUUCAUCCUGGGAGAUUGGUAAUAAUAAUGGGCUCAAAACCAGGCUUAAACCGUUUAAACAGGAGUGAUUGUUUUGAAGUUAGUACAGUGUAUUCCAGAGACUACUACGACCCAAAGCUUAUGGAAUCAGAAGAAAGAGUCCUGAUGAGAAAAUUUCUUGAAUUUUCAGAUGCUGUUAAAAUCCCAACGACUGUGGCCCAACUUGUCAAUACUAAACGUGCUCAGAUGUACUUUAGCAAACCAGAAAACACUGAAAAAUUAGUAUCUUUAUACAAUAAAAGAGUUAAGGGUGUCAACAGGAACGCAGAUGUGUUAGACCUUGUUAAGCAAACCGCCAUCCUACAAGUCGAUCCAUCACUGGAAUCGAGUUUACAUGUUGUAAAAGAUGCGAUUCAAAACCCAUCUGACUAUAUACUUAAAAACAACGGCGAAGGUGGAUCCGCCUGCAUAUUUGGAGUUGAAAUUUCCGAGAGGUUAAGAGCCGGUUUGAAUAACAAAGAAGAGUUAUGUCAAUAUGUUUUAAUGAAGAAAAUUAAACCGCCUUCACAACCAGCCUUGUUUGUAAGGAACUUGAAGAAUGGGUCAUUUGAAGUUAAGGGUCAUAAUAGUCUAACCGAACUUGGAGUGUAUCACUAUGCAAUAUAUGAUGGAGACGAGUGCAUAGCUAAUGAACAGAAUGGAUAUUUGGCAAGAACUAAACCAGAAUUUGCAACAGGAGGAGGAUUGGGAGCGGGAUUUGGGUAUGUGAACUCUUUGUUACUGUUUUAAAUUCAAUUGUAAAUUAUAAUGUAGUAUUUUGAUG